AUGACAGACACCAUUCUUGGACUUGAGACUAGUGAAUUUGUAGUGAAUCGUUAAUCUGCAAAGAUCCAAUAUUUGCUUGAAGAGAACAAACAACUAUCAGAAUAAUUGAAGGAUAUGGAGAAAUCAUUAAAAUUGAAUAAAGAAGUUCUCCGUUUAACUCUUGAGCAAAAUCUGAACAAUUCCAACAACUCAACGAAUUCUAGUGAGCAGAUUCAAACUAUUCAAUUGCAAAUGAAGCUGCAUGAAGAGAAUGAAAUGCUUAGAAAUUAAAUGGCAAAAUUAACAGAGGAAAGAAAUAUGGCCUAAAAUAAAGUUUUGUUGUCUUAACAGAUAUCCGAGGAAAAUUAAGCGUUUUAUAAAGAUCUAAUUGUUGAAUUGGAAGAGAAACUGGGAGAGUUACGAAGAUGCAUUCAAGAUAAAGAAUAUACCAUUCAAGAUAUUGAGAAAAACAGAGGUUUGGGUGAUAAUGGAUAAAUGGUCAAGAUUCGAGAAAUAGUAACACCGCAUGAACAAUCCUUACGAUUACAUGAAGAAUUAGAGUCAACCAGAUAGAUCUUAAAUAAGCUGUCUCAAGAAUCACAAAAUUUAUAAGAGUAGAACAGACAACUUAAAGACAUCAAUCAAAAUUUCAAAAGAGAGUUAAUCAAACUUAGAAUCAUCUUGAGGAGUCCUUUGGCAUAUUAUAAAAUGAAAAAUUUCAUUUAUAAUGAUGAUCCAGGUGAUUCUGCUGAUAAUAUCUCAUUGCAUGAAGAAAUAUAUCAAAAUCAACCAUUUAAUCAUAAUUCAAAUGACACACCUGCUCAAGGCUAGAAUAAUCAGGGGUUUUAAUAAUCAUUACCAAAUAGUAUCAAAUAUAUGACCAAUAAUGAGAGAGCAAAUUAUUAAGAAAAAUUACAGAAGACAGAGACUCUAUUGAAAGGAUAUAAGGAACUAUUUGAAAAGGAAAAGAACAAAGUAGCAUUGUUAGCUUAAUCAACUGAUGAUUUGGAAAAGAAAAUAAACGAAUGCUACAGUUAAAAUGAGCAAUUAAUUAAGGCAAUCAGGGGUAGAGAUUAAAAAAUAGAAUAGUUACAAGCUGAAGUACAAUAUUAUAGAACUUAAUAUGGAAAUUACAUUCAUUUUCUUAAAAAUAAAAGAGUGGUUAAUUUAAAUUUAUCAGUUCAAUUAAAUAAACUUUCAACUAAUAAACAACCUACUCCACCUCCAAUCUCAAAUGCAAACAAUAAAAUAUUAACUGAUUUUGAAAAGGAUCCUGACGAUGCCGAAUAAUGUAUUAGUAUUUUAGAAAAUCCAGUAGAUGAUCAAUCACCAGAUAUUAGAAAGAAUAAUUAAUAAAAUGGUUAAAAUAAAGCUCAUUAAAAAAUAAGCAAUAUUCUAGAGCAGAAUUACUCUUAAAUGAAUUAGUUAGAAUGCAAAUAAUUUUUGCUAAAUACUGCUAAAGAUCUUUAUUUGCAGUAUAAUUUGAAGAUGAACAACUUGUAAAAAAAACAACUUAUGGAUCUAAAUAAAUGCAUAAAAGCUAAACCAAUCUGGCAUUUAAAAUCUAGCAGUGAUCCUUUGGAUUACUUUACAUUAUAAUAUCACAAUCUUUAGAUUAGUGGCAAGAGUGAAAUCAAGCAUAAUGACGAUCUAGCCAAUUUCCUAAGAAAGAAGUACCCUAAAGAAACUAAAGAAAGUGAAAAGGACAAUUGGGAUUUCAUCAUAAAUGACAUUUCAAUGAUUUAAGGGGAUAAACCUAAAUAAAUGAUAUCUGAACAUUUUGGAUUUAAUGAGAUGGGUUUUAGUUGA